UUAUUUUAUAUAGAAUAUAAAAGUUAUGUGCCUUCUCGUAAUAAUUGAACCAAAGUAUAUUAUAAUUAUUUUUAUAUACUUACAAAAAAUUAAAAAAAAUGUUGACAUAAAAUCCAUUUAAGGAAUUUCAUUAUCGGAAUAUGCUGUAGUUUUUAAGUAAAAUUUAGAAAUACUUUCAAUGUAGGUUGAAAUCAUUUUAUUCGUUCAAUCUCCAUAUAAGUUGGUAAGAUAAUAGAUUUGUUCGAACUGAGAUCGUAUUACAGACCAACGUAUAUGGUAAAUUGGAUCCUCCUAGAGUUUCUUUAUUUAAAAUAGAUAUGAACAGCGAUUUGCAAAGAUUUUCUUAACUACUAAAUGUUUCUAUAUCGAUCGUAUACAUAUACAUUUAGCGUACGGAUACGAAACGUUACGUAUAUGUACGCUAUCAUACUUAUCAAAUGAAAAUUUAUGAAAUCACGAAUAGUCGUUACGUUACUUUCGACUGUAUCUUUACCGUAUCGUUAGACAUUGAUUUCAGAGAAAUUGCUACUGUUUGUGUAUAACGAUGACAAAACUGGAAAUAUAUCGAGCUUAUGCUCGUUUUGUAAAACGCAUGCUUCUACUUGGAGGAAUAUAUCCUAUGAUCGAAAGUUCUAUUCUCUAUCGACAGUUGCCCGUUUUAACGUUAUUAACUAGUUUUAUUAUGUUUUUUGGUGUAGUGAGAUUUUGUUUAUAUAAUAUUAACAAUUUGAGUGUUUUUACAAAAAGCUUAAGUUUGGUUGGUAGUUUCUCUUUGAUGAUUGUUAAGGCAUUUAUGUUCAUCAUAUAUCGAAAACAAUUCUAUGAACUACAUAGUACGCUCGAAUUAAUGUACAAUGAAGUACUUGAAAAUUCGAUAUUUAGACCCAUCGUUCUAUCGACGAUGAAUUUAUUCCGAUAUCCAGCAUAUAUGGUAUAUUAUUUAAUAUUGGGCACUAUGAGCUUGUAUAUUUUUGCACCAAUUAUAAUAAUUGGAUACGAAGGAAUCAAAGGUGUAGAACCGAAACAUUAUAGUCUUCCAUUUCUUACAAAUUUUCCAUGGAUUGAUGGAACACCCGGAUUAAUUUAUCAAAUACAGUUUUUGUUUGAGACACAAUGCGUUUGGUUUAUUAUAUUUGUUACGGGCGGUGUUGAUUCAUCUUAUGGAUUUUAUUUAUUUCAAAUGAUUGGCCUGUUACGUGCUAUGUCCUUCGAAUGUGAAAACACUUUUAAAUCUUCUAGCGAACUUAAGACUACUUUAUAUAAUUGCAUCAAGAAGCAAAUACGAUUAUUACGUUGUCGCGAUAUUAUCCAACAAAUUUAUGGACCCAUUGUGCUUGACUUAAUGUUGACUAACGCUAUCGUUUUGUGUGCCCUAAUAUUUCAAGCGCUUCAGACAGAAAUGACUAUAGGUAAAAUGCUUAUAUUUGUGAUUUAUGGAUUAUUGAAAACUAUUCAAGCGUUUAUGUAUUCCUGGUAUGGAAGUAUUAUUGCUUCAGAAAGUGAAGCAUUUCAACGAAGUGUAUAUUGCAGCAAAUGGUACGAAUACAGCGAAAAUACAAUGCUUAUGAAAGAUGUUUUGGUAAUAUUAACGCAAAAACCGAUUGUACUCAUAUCAUGUCAUUUUUCACAUAUUUCAUUGAAUAUCUUUAUUAAGAUCAUUAAUACAUCAAUGUCUUAUUAUUUCUUAUUGCAAACAUUUGACGAACGUAAUACAAUGAAUCAAGACAUAGUUAGUUCUUAAACUUUUUUCUUGAAUCAAGAGCAAGUUUGGCUUGAAAUCAAAUGAGUAGUGAAUUCAUCAACUUCUUAUUUAAUGUCGUGCAAAUAGUUUGAAAGUAUUUAGAUAAAAUUUAAGAUAUUGUUAUAAUAUAAGUAUGUAUAUGUUUAU